AUGGGUGAAGAGCAUCUAGAUGGAGGUUCCAUCACAUCAGGUUCUCCAGUUAUGGGUCGAGAGCAUCUAGAUGGGGGUCCCAUCACAUCAGGUCCUCCGGUGAUGGGUGAAGAGCAUCUAGAUGGAGGUUCCAUCACAUCAGGUCCUCCAGUGAUGGGUCGAGAGCAUCUAGAUGGGGAUCCCAUCACAUCAGGUCCUCCAGUGAUGGGUGAAGAGCUUCUAGAUGGAGGUUCCAUCACAUCAGGUCCUCCAGUGAUGGGUCGAGAGCAUCUAGAUGGGGGUCCCAUCACAUCAGGUCCUCCAGUGAUGGGUCGAGAGCAUCUAGAUGGGGGUCCCAUCACAUCAGGUCCUCCAGUGAUGGGUGAAGAGCAUCUAGAUGGAGGUUCCAUCACAUCAGGUCCUCCAGUGAUGGGUCGAGAGCAUCUAGAUGGGGGUCCCAUCACAUCAGGUCCUCCGGUGAUGGGUGAAGAGCAUCUAGAUGGAGGUUCCAUCACAUCAGGUUCUCCAGUUAUGGGUCGAGAGCAUCUAGAUGGGGGUCCCACCACAUCAGGUCCUCCGGUGAUGGGUGAAGAGCAUCUAGAUGGAGGUUCCAUCACAUCAGGUCCUCCAGUGAUGGGUCGAGAGCAUCUAGACGGGGGUCCCAUCACAUCAGGCUCGGGCGCCAUGCAGCCGUCGGCCCGGGCGCCGGCGGGCGCUGAGGAGCUGGUGGCGCAGACCGAAACGGGGCCGGUGCGAGGCGUGCGGGUGCCGGUGGGCUCCGGCCACGUCACCGCCUUCCUGGGCAUCCCUUACGCCGAGCCGCCCGUGGGUCGCCUGCGUUUCCAACGACCCCGGGCCCCGCGGGCGUGGAGCGGGGUGCUGGACGCUUCGGCGUACCGUCACGCUUGCUACCAGUACGUGGACACCAUGUACCCGGGCUUCGGCGGCUCCGAGAUGUGGAACCCCAACCGGGAGAUGAGCGAGGAUUGCCUCUACCUCAACGUCUGGGUGCCCUCGCCCCGGCCCCGCAACGCCUCCGUGCUGGUGUGGAUCUACGGCGGCGGCUUCUACAGCGGCUCCGCCUCGCUGGACGUCUACGACGGGCGCUACCUGGCCCACGCCGAGAAGGUGCUGUUGGUCUCCAUGAACUACCGCGUGGGCGCCUUCGGCUUCCUGGCGUUGCCGGGCCACCCCGAAGCGCCGGGCAACGUGGGGCUCUUGGACCAGCGGUUGGCGUUGCGUUGGGUGCAGAGCAACAUCGGCUCCUUCGGCGGCGACGCCGGCGCCGUCACCAUCUUCGGCGAGAGCGCCGGCGCCGCCUCCGUGGGCAUGCACCUGCUAUCGCCCGCCAGCCGGCCCCUCUUCCGGCGCGCCGUGCUGCAGAGCGGCUCGCCCAACGGGCCCUGGGCCACGGUGGGGGCCGCCGAGGGCCGCCGGCGGGCCGCGCUGCUGGCCAAGCUGGUGGGCUGCGGCGGCGGCAACGACACGGAGCUGCUGGGUUGCCUGCGGGCCAAGGAGCCCCAGGAGCUCAUCGACAAGGAGUGGUCGGUGCUGCCCCACCAAGGCAUCUUCCGCUUCGCCUUCGUGCCCGUGGUGGACGGGGACUUCCUCGCCGACACCCCCGAGGCGCUGCUGAGCGCCGGAGGUCGCCCCGAAGCCCAGGUGAUGCUGGGGGCCGUGCAGGACGAGGGCACCUACUUCUUGGUGUACGGGGCGCCGGGUUUCAGCAAGGACAACGAGAGCCUCAUCAGCCGGGAGGAGUUCCUGGGCGGCGUGCGCCUCGGGGUGCCCCACGCCAACGAGCUGGCGGCCGAGGCCGUGGUGCUGCAGUACACGGACUGGCUGGACCAGGACAACCCCGUGAAGAACCGCGAGGCGCUGGACGACAUCGUGGGCGACCACAACGUGGUGUGUCCCCUGAUGCACUUCGCCCUGCGCUGGGCCGAGCGGGGCGGCACCGUCUUCGCCUACCUCUUCGAUCACCGGGCCUCCAACAUGCUUUGGCCGCCCUGGAUGGGGGUGCCCCAUGGCUACGAGAUCGAGUUCAUCUUCGGGCAGCCCCUCGACCCCAGCCUCAACUACACGGCUGAGGAGGAGCAGCUCAGCCGGAGGAUCAUGCGCUACUGGGGCAACUUCGCCCGCACCGGGGACCCCAACGAGCCGGCGGAGCGGGAGCGCCGGUGGCCGUCGUACACGGCGGCGGGGCAGCGCUACGCCCGCCUCAACGCCGGGCCCCUGGCCGUGGCCCAGGGCCUGCGCGCCCAGGCCUGCGCCUUCUGGACCCGCUUCCUGCCCAAGCUGCUCAACGUCACCGACGACAUCGAGGAGGCCGAGCGGCAGUGGCGCCUGGAGUUCCACCGCUGGAGCUCCUACAUGAUGCGCUGGAAGAGCCAGUUCGACCACUACAGCCGCCAGGACCGCUGCGCCGAGCUCUGAGUGACGCCGGCACCGCCGCCGGCGCCGCCAACACCCGCGCCGCCGCCGCCACGGCCACCAACACCACCACCACGGCC